UUAAUUUAUCUCUUCAUCAAAUAGAACAAGCUAUGUCUCGUAGUUCAGAUAUUCUAUUUAUGACCGAAUAUAUAAAAAAUGUAUUAUAUUUUGCUACAGUGAGACAAGGGAAAAUUCUUAAGCACACAGCGGAUACACAUUAUUUUUCCAUAGAUGACGAAUUAAUUUAUGAAAACUAUUACUCUGACUUCGGGCCUUUAAACUUAGGAUGCGUGUUCAAAUACUGUAAAUUGUUAAACGAAAAGUUGAAAUUAUACUUAAAUAAGCAGUGUAUUGUUCAAUAUACUUCUAUAGACCCAAAGAAAAAGGCCAACGCUGCUUUUCUACUAGGAUGUUACGGUGUGUUAUAUCUGAGUUUACAACCGAAAGACGCCUUGAAGCCUUUACUGGUUCACGGACAAAGUUACAGACCAUUUCAAGAUGCUACACAAGGUGACUCAGCGUACACAAUUUCAUUACUUGAUUGUCUGCAAGGUUUUGCUAAAGCUCGAGAUUUAAGAUUAUUUAAUUUCCAAGAUUUUAACUAUGUAGAAUAUGAUAGAUUAGACAAAAUACAAGGCGGGGAUCUAAACUGGAUUUUACCUGGUAAAUUUUUAGCAUUUAUCGGACCUGUGGACUACUGUGUAUCUCUAUACCAUCCACCGGAAAUGUAUAUAGAUUAUUUCCUAGACAAUAAUGUGAAAAUUGUUAUAAGACUUAACAAAAAUCUUUAUGAUGGCAAUGUAUUCAUGAACGCAGGAAUAACACAUUAUAAUUUAUUUUUUCCGGAUGGGUCAUGUCCACCAAGACACAUAUUAUUAAAAUUUUUACAAAUUAGUGAGGAAUGUGAUGGCGCUAUUGCUGUUCAUUGCAAGGCAGGCUUGGGUCGCACUGGAUCGCUGAUUGGUUCUUAUUUAAUAAAACAUUAUCGUAUGACUGCCCACGAGGCUAUAGCAUGGAUGAGAAUAUGUAGACCUGGUUCAGUUAUUGGUCAUCAGCAGGGAUGGCUGGAGGAAUUGGAACCUUGGUUAAUUAAGCAAGGCAAUUUAUAUAGGAGACGCAAUUACCAUGAUGUCGAUAAAAUGCCAACACAUGAGUUUGGUGUUUACUCCAAUGCUGAUAAAUCUCGCAAGCAAAGACCAAUGAUGUUGACCAAAUCACCGUCCCCACCACCACCACUGCAGAGACAAGCUCGAUCAGAUAUUACUGCACCAACACGGCCUCACGCAUCCAAAGCAAGAGAAGAGAAUUUUGAAAAUGGCGUGGAAGAAGUGUUUAUCACGGCAUGCGAUUUAACAGUCCAACCUAUAGAGCCAAUGACUCACUUUAAAGGUUGUGUCCUUAAAAAUAGGAGCAUAAUAGAGGAAUGUAAUAGUCAAGGAAAUGAAAUAAAUACACCAUUGUGGAAACAAUAUCUUUGUUCUCCUGGUAAAACGAUCGAGAAACCACAGUUCGGAUGGAACGAGAGGAUGAGCACUUGGAAAAAAAUUCCUGUCAAAGGACUCGAACUGCCUGAAAACACCCAAUCCGGAUCGAAGAAGAAGAUAAACCAUGGACAAAAAAAUCCUAUAAAAGGAAUAUCACGCGACAUAAGUGAUACCGUGCCAUCACGACGUGGAAGUGAAUCGGGUGAACCUCGUGUUUUGCGACCAUCGUCAAGAGUUAAUUCCGCAAAACGACAAGAAAAAGUAUCCAAUGACAAUCGCAGUGGAUACGUUAAUGUCCCCACAUUUCAUACUAGCCAGACUCCAAUUGCAAGGACAUUAGAUGAUGCUCGGAACAUUUUAAUGCGGAGUACUUUGUAUAAUGAUCAUCGAGCAACGUUGUUAAAAGAUCAAAGAGCUGCUUUGUCCCACGAUCAAAGAAGAAGACAUUUGGAUUCUGCAAUUGUAGUCAAACCACAAUAUUCUUUUCGAGGACCAAAUGCUUUCAAUGAACGUCCAGCUCCUGGCAAUAUAACAAAGCUGUCAUCUACAACAUUCAGCACAGUUCCCAAAAGUCCAACGCAACCUCAACAACGGCGUCGCCUUGGUCGCAGCCCGAGCCCCCCUAUCAUCAGAAUGAUGAGCGAACAAUCUCGAGCUACAAAUACUACACCAGUGGAAGUUUACAAAACUCUAGAUUCAAAAACAAAUCUCAGGAAAGAGUUGUCAAGGUUAAAAUUAACAGCACCCAGAUAUGGGUCGAUCGGUGCCGCAUCCUUGGGGGCCCGGCGGGACGCUCCGCCAGACCCUCGCCAGGCCCCGUCUGUGCGAUCUGACGAACGAUCUCUGGCGACGCAGGGUGAUAUGCUGAACAGCAUUAAGUUCCAGAGAAGAUUCCGUGAAACAAUGACAACAGAGAGAUGCUGCAACAAAUUCUGUGACAAACCAAGCACGACUGUUAAAGACAAGCAGAGUCGAAACAUCAGCUCUAGACCGAGUUCUAUUGGAUCGAAGCAGGCUAUUAUUGAAGAGCAUAGACUUAACAAUACCAAGGAGAAACCUAACACUAGUAAUUCACGUGGAAUAAUCCGCCCUUCACGACCAAGUUCACCAAAGGGACGAAGAUCUCCGCAUCCGCCAUUUUAUUAAUGUUGUUUAUGUAUCUUAGA